AUCCUUUCUACUUGUAACUUGAUGCUUUUGUCAACAAGGUGUCCAUUUCAUCAAUAAGAAUGCAUCUUGUGAUAAAAACAGAGAGACGAAAGCGGCGUUAGACUCAGCAACAGUGUUUGUUAGGCUAACAAAAAAGUUUUCGCAAAUUUACUGCAGUCAGCGAAAAUGCAGAACCAAAUUUUGUGUUUAUUCUUAAUGGUUGUGGUAGUGUACGCAGGAAAUCGAGACUGCAAGUGGAUGGAAAAGAGGCUGAAAGAUAACUUGAAAAAAUCUUCAGUGUUUUCCAGCGAUUUCACCGAAACAAUCACCAGAAUCUAUCCAUACACAGUUGAUUUGGAAUUAUUGGUUAACCAUCAAAUAAAAAUGGAACUGAACGCAUUCUACAAUUACCUCAGCAUGUCGUAUUUCUUUCGACGUGAAGAUCAAGACAUGGAUGGCUUCACUAAAUUUUUUCACGAUGCAGCUAUGGAGGAGUUAAAACAUGCUGAAAUGUUUAUGAAGUACCAAGCAAAACGAGGUGGGAGAGUGGAGCUAUACAAUUUACCUGCGCCAUCCAAACAAGAAUGGAACAACGCUCUUCAUGUCUUACGAGCAGCUCUUGCACUGGAGAGAAAUGUGACGGAUGAAGUGUUGUGUCUUCAUCAAAUGUCGAACGACAAAUAUAAUGACGUUGACUUGACCAAUUUCUUGGAAGGUGAAAUUAUACCAGAGCAGUAUUCCGGUAUGAAAGAGCUGGCAAGUAAAAUCAAAACAUUGACCAGAAUGUCAUCAUCAAAAUCGUCGAAGGGAAAAGAAGACUUCAAAAAUUAUGGAAUUGCUGAAUUUCAUUUUGAUCAAUUGUUAAAAGCAAGCAAAUAAUUGUAAACUAUAACGUUUUUAUUCAAGAAUACAUUAUAAUUUUGCGUA